GGGCUGCCCGUGCCUAGGGUGUGUGAGGACGCGCUCCGGUCGCUGAGUGCCUGAGCAGAGAAGCAGUUGCUGUGGUACCUGCUGCUGCUGCCCGAGCGGACGCGGAGCAUCGGACACCGGCGCUAUUGCGUGGGGCAGGAAGGUGAAGCCAUGACGUCCCUCAGUGAAAAUAUUCUCUUUGGAAUGGGAAAUCCUCUUCUUGACAUCACUGCUGUAGUGGAUAAGGAUUUCCUUGAUAAGUAUUCUCUUAAAGCAAAUGACCAAAUCUUGGCUGAAGACAAGCACAAGGAACUGUUUAAUGAACUUGUAAAAAAAUUCAAAGUUGAAUAUCAUGCUGGUGGUUCUACCCAGAAUUCAAUGAAAGUGGCCCAGUGGAUGAUUCAGAAGCCACAGAAAGCAGCAACAUUUUUUGGAUGCAUUGGGAUAGAUAAAUUUGGGGAGAUCCUGAAGAAAAAAUCUGCUGAAGCCCAUGUUGAUGCUCAUUACUAUGAGCAGAAUGAACAACCAACAGGAACUUGUGCUGCAUGCAUCACUGGUGGCAACAGGUCCCUUGUGGCUAAUCUUGCUGCUGCCAAUUGUUAUAAAAAAGAAAAACAUCUUGAUAUAGAGAAAAACUGGAUGUUGGUAGAAAAAGCUAGAGUUUAUUAUAUAGCAGGCUUUUUUCUUACUGUUUCACCUGAGUCGGUGUUAAAAGUGGCUCGCAGUGCUGCUGAGAACAACAGAAUUUUCUCUUUGAACCUGUCUGCUCCGUUUAUUAGUCAGUUCUACAAGGAACCAUUGAUGAAAGUUAUGCCCUAUGUUGACAUACUUUUUGGAAAUGAGACGGAAGCUGCCACUUUUGCUAGAGAGCAAGGCUUUGAGACUGAAGACAUUAAAGAGAUAGCCAGAAAGACACAAGCUCUGCCAAAGAUGAACUUGAAGAGGCAACGAGUCGUGGUUUUCACCCAAGGGAGUGAUGACACUAUAAUGGCUACAGAAAGUGAAGUCACUGCUUUUGCUGUCUUGGAUCAAGACCAGAAAGAAAUUGUUGAUACCAACGGAGCUGGAGAUGCAUUUGUUGGAGGUUUCCUGUCUCAGCUGGUCUCUGAGAAGCCCCUGACUGAGUGCAUCCGAGCUGGCCACUAUGCUGCAAACGUCAUAAUUAAGCGAACUGGCUGCACCUUUCCUGAGAAGCCAGACUUCCACUGAUGGAAGAGCAGGAAACCCAGGCCCAGGAGUACAGACACUGCCCUGACUGCUUCCUGAGAAUUCCCAUAUUAAUAAAGAAGAAAAUUACCUGCCAUCCUUUCCUAUAUAAUGUUCAUUCUUAAUUUAGCAGAUAUAGUAAUGCUCAGUAGACUCUUUAUUCUCUCAACAAACUAAAAAAAUGAUGUUUAUUUCCUUAGUGUGAUAGUGCCACUUAAAUGUCAAUUAAACAGGAAUAUAACAUUUCAGUAGAAAUGUUUAUUUCAUUUCAAUUACUUUGUAAAUUCAUGUGUAUUUAGCAUAUCGAUCAGGUUUUUUACAUUUCUGCUUUGAAUGCAGAUGCAAUUUAAUAUAACAGACAUUUUUAAAGGAAUUAAUCCUAAUACAUUAAUCUUUAGCUUUUUAUACAAGUAUAUUAAUUUAGAGAUGUGUGUGUACAUAUGCACACCAUACAUAUAUGUACCACAUGUACACAUAAAUAAGGUACAGAAAUAUUUAUCUUGCCAAGUUAUGCCAAAUAAUUUCUUCAGUGCAUAAUGAAAUAAACUUUAAUAAUUAAAUAACUUGCCAAUUAUAAGUUAUAUUAGAAUAUUCUAAUCAUAAUCUUAUAUUUACUUAUGGUACUCUGUAAUUUGAUACAGAUAAAAACUUGUCAUAUGGGAAUUUCUUCUGUUGUCUUCCUGUGCUCAACAAGCUAAGGAAGAAAGAUCAUUAUUUAAUACUGGGCCCUGAAAUGAUAUCAAAUUUGGUACUGGGAUAGAAAGAACAACAUAAUACAUUGAAAAAUAACAGUAUUGGAGACCAGUAAGUCACUGUUUUAAGGAAGACAAAAUAGAUAGAUGUAUAAUAGAACCUGUGGAAUCAGACUUAAUCACCUCUAUAUGAUCUUGGUCAAAUUACUCAGUCUCUUUCAGCUUCAGUUUCCUUUUUGUAAAAUGGGAUAAUGACCCCAUGGUCAAGGUCAUUGAGAUGAUUUGAGAGAGAAAUCCGAUUAUAAAAUGCUUGGUACAAUGCCUAAUAAGUGCUUAAUGAAUGCCUGCUAUUUUUAUCAUAAUGAUUAUUGUUGAAGAAGAAAAAGAUAUUUAUAAAACUAAACCACAGAAAAGGGUUCAAGUUUUUGUUUUGUUUUAUGUUUAGGUAAACUUUAAGGUCCAUGCUUGCUUGACUUUUCUGAAUAUUGAAAUAUAAUUCAUAUGGCAUAAAAUUUUCCAUUUUAAAGUAUGCAAAUUAGUGAUUUUAGUAUGUUCGCAAAAUUGUGCAGCCAUAACCAUUAUCUAAAUCAAGAACCCCCCCAAAAGAAACCCUGUACAUCCCAAUUUACCCCAUUCCCAUCCCCUGGCAACUACUAAUCUAUUUUUUGCCUCUAUAAAUUUGCCUAUUUGGACAUUCAUUAAAAUGGAGUUACAUAA